AUGGCAACUCCUCUUUCCCUCUUCCUCUUCCUCCUCCUCACAUUCAUUCCAUUUUCCCAAUCCAAACUCUCCCUAGACUAUUAUGCUAAAACAUGUCCACAGUUCCAGGAGAUAAUACAAAAAGUGGUCACCCAGAAGCAAAAGGAUUCUCCCAUCACUGCCGCUGCUGUUCUUCGCCUUUUCUUCCACGACUGCGAAGUGGGAGGCUGUGAUGGUUCCAUCCUCAUCUCCUCCACAGCCUUCAACAAAGCCGAACGUGACGCUGAGCCAAACCUUGUCCUCCCAGGGGAUGCAUUUGAUGUUAUCCUUCGUGCAAAAACCGCCCUCGAAAUCCAAUGCCCUGGCAUUGUCUCCUGCUCUGACAUUCUUGCUACUGCCGCUCGCGACCUCGUCUCCAUGGUGGGUGGCCCUCAGUACAACGUGCCUCUAGGCAGAAAAGACGGGCUUGAAUCCAACGCUUCUCGUGUUGAAGCCAAUCUUCCCACACCCAACAUGCCACUUUCCAAAGUCAUAUCUCUUUAUACUUCCAAAGGGUUUACAGUGCAAGAAAUGGUAGCUUUAGCUGGUGCUCGAACAAUAGGAUUCUCCCCAUGUAAAGAGUUUAGCAAUAGGCUUUUCAACUUCAGCAAAACUUCUGAUACUGAUCCUGCACUUUCCCCUAAGUAUGCAGAAGCGCUGAAGAAACUAUGUGCUAAUUACACCCAAGACGCCUCCAUGACUGCUUUUAAUGACGUGAUUACCCCAAAUAAGUUCGAUAAUAUGUAUUACCAGAACUUGCAGAAAGGAUUAGGGUUGCUUCCAGUGGAUCAAGCCAUGGCUGUGGAUGAGAGGACCAAGCCCUUCGUCCACUUGUAUGCCUCCAAUGAUACCGCAUUUUUGCAAGAUUUUGGUCGUGCAAUGGAGAAACUUAGCGUUUAUAAAGUCAAGACGGGUAAGGAAGGAGAGGUGAGGCGGAGGUGUGACCAUUUUAAUACUGUUAACCUUUGA